GACAGAAAUCAGAAUCAUGAUCAUCUUGAAGAAUUAUAUUAUAAGUCAUUAAAUGAGUAAGGUAAUAAACAAUCCCGAUACUCGAAAGAAAUCGAGAUGAAGGCUUUGUGACGUUUUUUUAUGAUCACGAAAGAGAAUCAUCACUUGUUUGAGUCUCACUGUUAAGUGGACACGCGAAUUUACAGUUAGACGCGCCAGGUGAAUUGAUAAAUGUCCAUCAACGUAACAUAAACGAAGUGAUUAACCAGACAAUCGGAAAAUAGAAUAACAGUAAAAUAUGCGAAGAAGAUGUAAUGUUAAAGAUGUAAACAAUGUCGUUGAUAAUAAGAAUAUCGACAAUAGAAAUUUAAAAAUAAAAGAGAACGAGAGAAUAAUUGCAAAGGUAGUCUUAGCAACAAAUAAUUCCUUCCAGGUUGGUUGUAACCCAGUGGAAGGAAGGAAGAGGAGCAUGGAGUGGAGAUAUAAGAGCCACUCCGGACAGUUGCUCGCCUGUUUCACACUCUCACCUCCGUAGAACGAAGGUGAUUCUCUCGAUCUUGAAAUUUCUUGGUUCGUUUUCUUGUAGACUGAUACGGAGAGGGUCUCGUCUGUGAAAUUUAGUUUUAAUUUUUUGGACUGUUAUUUUACAAGAGACGAGAGCCAUGAAGAACGUGGCGGUGAUACUGGUGCUAUUUGUAAGCUGCAUAGCGUUUAUCAAUUCUUCACCGCUUCCUGGUGUCGGUGACAACAGAGUUGCCCCGACCAAGAGCAAAGAUACCAAAGACACGCCGGCUGUUGUGUCAGCUCGUCAGUCUGGCGGAACUGCAGCCGAUGACGACGAUGAUGAUGAUGAUGAUGAUGAUGACGAUGAUGUCGAUCUGCCCGACCCAACAACACUAGUAGAUGACGAUGAUGAUGACGACGACGACGACGAUGAAGAUGAUAAUACCCCGAGUGGGGGCACUAAAGGCGAAAAAGAUGAUGAUGAUGACGAUGACGAUGACGACGAUGACUACCUGGAACGUUUCAUUGAUGACAUUCUUGGAGGAGACGAAGAUGAUGAUGAUGACGAUGACGAUGAUACUAGACCAGUUGUGGAGCCAAUAAAACCAGCAAGUCCAGUUCAAGCGCCUCAGGCACCAGUUAUCCCAGCGGCUGUUCAAGCAGACUUAAAUGCAGCCGAAGAAAGCGCGGUACUUGCCGAGAACUCAGCAGAUUCACCUCAACAGCCAUCGGAUACUGCUGUAACGUACGAUGAAACAGCGGAAGAAGCUCAGGAUGUGCUACCAGAAGGCCAAGCGGCAUCAACUAUUGAAGGUGGCGAAAUUCAACCACAACCUGCAAACGUUCAUCAAACUUUACAGUCAUCGCCUGUUGCUCAGGAUACCGCGGACAAUGACGAUGACGACGAUGACGACGAUGGACUUGACAACCCUCUUGAAGACGAAGACGAUGACGAUGAUGAAGAGGAUGAUGAUGAUGAUGAUGAUGAUGAUGACGAUGAUGACGUGGGUUUAGAGGAUGCUCUCGGUCGACGUGCACGUGCCUUCGAGCCCGGGACCCCUGGUGAUGUGUCGGCGAUCUACGUCUCCAAGUACAAUAAAUUUGUUGACAAUAUUCUUGGAAGGAUUAACAAAAUUCUCAAGGAAAAUUAUGAUCCCGUGACGGUCAAGCUCACCAAUCCAACUCCUUCUAAUAAAACUAACAAGACUAAGAAGAAGAAAAAGAAGACUACUAACAGCAAAACUAGGAAAAGUAAAGGAGAGACCGUCGAAGCGACUUCUGUUGAUUCAAAUAUUAUUGGGUCAACGACUGCGCCAGAAAUAGAAGAAGUAAUGACAACCGAGACCACACCUUUGAUUAACACUCCCAGCGAACAACAAACAAGCAGUCGAGGUUCAAUCGUCAAAGACAGCAAGAAAAAGUCUAGCUCGAGUAAAAAUAAAACAAAAUCCAAGGCUGGCGUCAAAGGAACAUCCAGUAAAAACAAACUAAAACAAAGUAAACCAAAGCAGAAAUCUCGGGCCCGAGCAACUCUAUACGGAUUGUCAUCACUCAAAAGAGCUGGGGACGUGUCUGUUAAUAUGAUGAGCGACCACACUACAAUUAGGACUAAAUUCAAUUUGGGACCACUGGUAUUGAAAGUUGAAAAAGAGUUCGGGAGAGCCGCUAAAAAAGAAUUAAGAAGCGCUACUGCGACUACCGCUGAGAUGUCAGGAAAAUUGAGUCUACGUGUGCUGAAUGGCGGAGCGGCGACUCUGCAUUCCAUUCGUGUUCUUCAACCCAAGCAGGUACGCGUUGACAGUCCAGAUGAUCACGACCGUACCCGCGAAUUUGUCUGGCGAAGAUCAUCGCACAUCGCGCACUUAGUCUCGCAGAAACUUUCAUCUGCAACACGGUCGAUGCUUCGACCACCACCAACACCUGAAAUAUCAUUAUUCUCAUAACUCUUAUGAAUUUUUAUUUUUUUAACCAGAUAUUUUUAAUAAUCAAUCAUUUAUUUAUUUAUUUAUUAAAAUAUCUUACGUUGAUGUUCGCCAGCUAACUCUGUAAAUAGUCUA